CCGAUGAACUGCUCUCGAUUCUUGUUGACCGGCCCGGUUCAAUCUCAAUUUUAAAAAAAACAAAAUAACAAAAACCGCGCGUGAAGCACCUAGCAAGCCUGAAGCCUUUUCCUUUCUCUCAUCUUCUCAAACCCUAACGCCUCCAGCUCCACCUGGCGCCGUCGCCUCCAGCUCCACCUGGCGCCGUCGCCGUCGCCUUCAGCUGUUUCUCCACUGGUGGCUGGGGAGGAUUCGACAUUGCGCGAUAGGUCCAAUCUGGUGGUUUUGGCGGCAGGGACUUCAUUGGGGCGUUUCGUCGAGCAUGUGAAAGGCACUUCGGUGUUAAGUACAUCCAGCACAGUUCUUUCGAUGGUGGCGCUGAAAUCAGUUGGAGAGGCAUACAAACAAGGGCCUUGUCGAGAAUUUCACUCACCGGCAUCACUUCUUCCAUCCUUAAAUUGCUCACACCAAUAGAUUCAUCAGUCAUGGAUUGUUCUUCGGUUGCUUCCAUGGAAGGAAGAGAUUCAUCUAAAACCGGAAACGCAUCAAUGACAACAUAUGGUUCUGUCGGUUCCUUGGAGGGAAGGAAAUCCUUCGCACCGGCAACACAACUGUUAACGAAUUUGAAGCAUCGAUUGGUUCCAUUGACGGAAAAGUUUCGUCGAAAAUUUGAAGCGCGUCAUUCUUCAAUUCGGACUCAGUGGCAUCAAUCUCUUGCAACAACUUGAAAAUUCAUGAACCCGACUCUAGGAUUUCUUGUGCAUAUUCAGUCGUGCGCAAAUUGCGUUGUCGAUUCGAUUCCACCAUGGGAGUUGUGAAGUGCGAUUUAACUGGUUGUGUUAAGGUUUCUCUGGGUGAGUUCACAACACCAUGGGACGAGCUCCGCGAGAAGAAUUUUCUGUGCAAUUCUGCUUUAGCUUCAAUUCGAUCCCAUACGGUGUAUCCCGGACCGUCCAGAUACGCCAAUUUUCACCCAUUCAGCAUUAUACUCAGUUUCUAUUUUUUCCCAAUGAGCUCCUCCUACUGUUGUCGCCCAUGCCAUGGAGUCAAUGAAAGCACCAAUGAAACGGUAUUAAAAUUGAAUAUGAAAUAAAGCUAAGAUAAGAAUCAUUCUUAUGAAAGAGUUGCAAUACAAAAGGAAAAUGAGAUGUGAAAAGAGAGUUUGGGAGAGAAAAAUAACAACUUCAUCAAUCACAUAACUCACAAAAUACCCCUGUUACAGUAUUAAUAGUAACUCAUUUCUUCACAUAGUCCCGUUUCUUGGGCUGAAGUUGACUAACUCUUAUUUGGGCCUAUCCAAUUUGCUGGGUUCAUUACAAUUAUGUCAUAGUAAUUGUAUGAAUUUAUGUAUUUUGAAUUAUGUCUAAGUAUUUAGUAUGAAUUUUAUCUACUUUGAAUUUAUAUUAUGGAUUUAUGUGUACUUGGUAUGAAUUAAUAAAUGUGGUAUUUAUUUAUGUUCAAUCUUUAGAUGUCACUCCAGUUCGACCUCCAGUCUGGUUCUUAAAACAUUGGUUUUAUGAGGAAAGCAACUUUGGUAAUUAUGAGUUCGACUGGGAGAUAGAAAAAGUUUUGCCAAUAAUUGUUCCUCCAAGUAAUGAAACAAAUUUGGAUUCUUCUGAAUGAUUCAUCGUAGUGAGCUCAUUAACCAUUUAAACUCAAUAACUUGGUUAAAAUAUAUUGGAUGCAUGUAUAUGUAUGUAUAAGUCUUAUAGUGUUCAUAUGUAUACAAAUUAAGUCCAUAAAUUUGGGGAUCGUGGUUCUCUUGUGAAUAAGGUAUUUAACGAGGAAAAGUCUCACAGUUAUAAAGAUCCGGUUAUAAAAUACUAGAAGAGAAAAAUCAUAUACUACUAAGCAUGAUGAUUAUGUUGGGAGAGUGUUGUUAUUUCAGUGUCACCAAACCUCGAUCUUUCUGCUCCAACUCGGAUUCAUGUUCAAGAUUUUUCUCUCUCGCAAUCAAUGGCCAUAGAAGAACCAAAAGGGUGCAAUGUUUAUUGCGAAGCUGUGAGCUCUUAGAUUUCCACCAGGAAUUGAUCCCUUAUGAAUUGGCUUGGUCUUUACAAAAAGACAUUGUUAAGAAAAAGAAAUCACAAAUCGAAAAUGAAGGAGAUUGCAACGACACUCUUAUUGUUUUGCAACACCCAUCUGUUUUUACAUUGGGUACUGCUAGUUCCAACAACAACCUCAAUUUUGACAUUAAAAAUCCUCCCUUUGAUAUUCAUCGUACUGAACGUGGUGGAGAAGUUACAUACCAUGGUCCUGGUCAACUAGUGAUGUAUCCUAUCAUCAACCUCCGAAAACAUAAGAUGGAUCUUCAUUGGUAUCUAAGGACACUUGAGGAGGUUGUUAUUCGUGUUCUGUCUUCAACUUUUUCAAUUCAGGCUUCAAGGAUGGAAGGUUUAACUGGUGUUUGGGUUGGAAAUGAGAAAGUGGCAGCUAUAGGUAUAAGAGUGAAUCAAUGGAUAACCUAUCAUGGCUUAGCACUCAAUGUCACGACCGAUUUGAGUCCCUUUAAAUGGAUUGUCCCAUGUGGAAUACAUGGCCGUCAAGUUGGGAGUAUCAAAGGGUUGCUAAAAGAGGCUCAGUCAUCAUGUAAUGAUCCUGAUACAGCUUAUUUGCAUCAUUUGGAUGAUGACAGUCUUAUUCAUAUUACUCAUAAGUCCUUAAUUGAAGAGUUCUCAAAAGUAUUUCAGCUUGAGUAUCAUCAUAAAACUAUUUAUGUACCAAUGCUGUGUGAAAGUAAAGGAAAGUAAGUUAUCAUACCAAAGAAACAGCAAACUUGAUUUUUUUUAAUGCCCAUAAACACAGUUUAUUUAGUAUUAGUAUUCAUUUUUUUAUUAUAGAUAUUGCUAGAUU